GGGUAAUGUGAUUUUUCAACACGUCCAGUCUGUCAACAUUCGAAGUCAUAUCGUCGUUAGAAAAGUAUAGAGGUGCAAGUACAAUGAAUACAGUGCUAAUGAGAAUGUUAAAGCAAUGUUUGAGAAAGUCCCUUAUUUUAGCAUCUAUUGAUAUGAUUGGCUGAGAUGAGAGAUCAAAUUUCAAAACAACAACAUCAACAUGUGACUAACUGCGUGCUCAGAAAUCAGCUGUGGAAUUUCUUUGUUUAUCAACAAUCUUUUCAAAUUUAUUUACAGAGUUACUCAGCUUGUGUAGUGUGGAAAAAUCAGUUUUGUGCAAAAUGGAAGGGGAAUCAAAGGACUUGCCCUGAUAUAAAUGAGACAAUCACACAAGACAGGGAGAUUUACAUUAACUGCUAACAACUGUUAAUAAGGAGAACCACAUAAAAUACCCUUUACCUUUUAUUGCCAGAAGAGGAGGAGAAGCAAAGGAAAAAUUCAAAACUAACUGUUGCAAGUGGAGGUUGAGAAAGGGAGAAGCAAAGGAAAAUAUUCUUGUGCUAAAAGGAUAGAAGGAGAACUAAGGCAAAGAAUUGCCUUGCCAACUAACUGGAGUAGACAACUGGCCUACCUGAUGAUUCUGGUCUGGAGAGAUGAAGAGAAAUCCAUUGAUUAAAACCUAAAUACACAAAAAGGAAAAGAACAUUUAGGAAAAUAUGAACACAAGAGUAAGGAACCAGUCUUGCAGUCUAUCCCAAGAUGCACUAGUUCUUCUAGAAAGUUUACCAGGGUUAUUCAGAAGUGGUCUUCUUAGUGAGUAUGUGUUCCGAGAGCAGUCCCAUGCAUUGACAGUUCUUCAUGGUCUAAAUGAACAAAGAAAAACAAACACGCUCUGUGAUGUCAUCAUCUGUGUAGAAGAUGAGAGAUAUCCAUGUCACAGAAAUAUUAUGGCGGCAUGCAGUCCAUACUUUUUUGCCAUGUUCACAGGGGAGAUGAGAGAAAGCCAUGAGAGAGAAGUCCGUAUUGAUGGUAUUUCACCAGAUAUCAUGGAGCAGUUGAUAGAUUUCGCUUACACAGCUGAUAUUUCUAUUACACAAGAAAAUGCCCAACAGUUACUAUCGGCUGCUAAUCUGGUACAAAUCAAUACCAUUAUACAAGCCUGCUGUAAUUUCCUGGAAGGUGAGAUGGACCCUAGCAAUUGUCUGGGGAUACAUUGUUUUGCAGAAGCACACAUUUGUGUAGAACUGAGCGAAAAGGCUCGAGUUUAUGUCAUUGAGCAUUUUACUGAUGUAGCGAAACACGAAGAAAUUUUACUUCUGCCGAAAGAAAAAUUGAUUGAAUUCAUUAGUAAAGAUGACUUAUAUGUUUGUUCAGAGGAAAUUGUUUUAGAUGCAGUUCUCAAAUGGGUGAAACAUGAUCAGAAACGGAGAAUUGCAGAAUUAUCUGAUGUUUUACAGUUUGUCCGUCUGCCAUUGGUUAGUCCCUACUUCCUGUUUGAUAAACUGGAUACAGAGGAGCUGUUAAUGAUGGCUCCAGGGUGUAGAAAGUUUCUUGAUGAGGCAAUGAAGUAUCACAUUUUAAAGGAUCGUAGAAUGGAAAUGUCUUCUCCCCGAGUAGUUCCUAGGAGAUGUAUGGCAGUGGAGACAAUUGUUUAUAUUACAGGAGGAGAAAUCUACAACAGGAACUAUCUUAACUGUGUUGAGGGAUAUAAUCUUGAAAACGGAACUUGGAUGAAACUUAAAGAUCUACCAUUUUCCAGGUGUCACCACUGUUCAGUAGUGUCAGAAGACAUGCAUCUUUAUAUAGCUGGUGGUUGUAACAAAGAGAAGGUUGUUGUCAACAAUGUCAUGAGAUAUGAGAGAUAUCUAGAUAAGUGGAUCAAGGUGGCUUCAUUAAAUACUCCAAGGGCAAAGUUUGGUAUGGCUGCAUUAGAUGGUUAUAUUUAUGCCAUUGGUGGAUUCGAUGGGACAUCAAGAUUGUCCACUGUAGAAAGGUACUGUCCUAAGACCAACAAGUGGUCGUUUGUAGCCUCAUUGGCCCAACCUACAUCAAGAAUUUUUGCUGUUGGUCUGAAUGGAUUCUUAUAUGCAGCUGGAGGUGAUAUAGAUCCAGGAAACUCCUCAAUGGUGGAUGCUUUUAUCAGAUAUAAUCCUGUCUGUGAUGUCUGGGAAAAUUUAAAAAACAUGUCAUUCUCGAGAGCAGUAAGUGGACUGGUUACUUUGAAAGGAAAGAUAUAUGCUGUAGGAGGGAUAACAGAAGGGGUGUAUUCCAGUAAAGAUCUAGAAUGUUAUGAUCCGGACACAGAUGUAUGGACAAAUCUUUCUCCCAUGAUGGAGUCCAGGUUUGAUCCAGGAGUAACAGCAUUUAACAAUCAGAUAUUUGUGCUUGGUGGUAAUGAUGGAGGGAACUCAUUCUACUCUAACAUUGAAAGUUAUGACACUACUGAUGAUAAAUGGAAAGUUAUGGCAUCCUUAACUCUGCCCUAUGGAAGAUGUAGGUUCACAGCUGUUGCUAUGGGAACACAGCAGACAUGAUAUUUCUUGGAAAGUAUAUGAUGAAUGCAAUUCUGUUUCCACUUUAAUGAAAAUUUUACGAUUGUGAUGAAACUUUUGUUAUGAAAAGGAGUAGAAUAUUUUUGUUACAAGUCAUUUCUCGCCAGAAAAAUUCUGAAUUUGCAAACUAUUUUUCUCAUCAUUUCCUAUACUCAACAUUGUUUCAAGCACUAGAUACCAGUUUUGGUGGAGUUUGCCUUGCUCAGUCUUUAGUUUUCUAUGUUGUAAAAACACAACAUAGAAAACUAAAGACUGAGCAAGACAAACCCCCACCAAAACUGGUAGACUGUUAUUUGCCUUUUCUUUAUUUUUAUGUUUUUUGCCAUGGUGUUGUAAUUUUGUCUUCCACUUAUGAGUUUAAAUAUCCCUUUUGGUAUCUUUUGCCACUCUGUAUUAAACAUAGAUUAUGGGUUUUAUGCCUCAUCAUGUUGAAGGCCUUAUAUAUAUGAUGACCUAAAGUUGCUAACAUUUAUGUCAUAUGGUCUCUGUCGGAAAGUUGUAUCAUUGUCAAUUAUAUCACAUCUUCUUAUUUUUAUAUUUAAUGUGGGUUUUUUAAAAUUUAACUUAAACAUUUUCUGAUAAAGACAUGACUUGUAACAAACAUUACAUUUUGCUCAGAGGUAAAAAGGUGUAUGAGAUGUAUAAUAUAAUGUUAUCUAGUUAAAUGUCGAUUAUUGUACAUAAAGUUUAAAGGUCAUAUUUUUUUUCUUUGGAAGAAAUAAUUUAUUUAUCAUGUUCUUACAUUUAAAACAUUGAAUUUUACAUGUUUUGUUCAUGUUUUUAUUGCGUAAGUAUUUUUAAACAGUUUGCCAAAGAAAUUUGACAACUUUUGAAUAAUGAAAAUACAGUAUACUAUUGCCUAUAGUUAAUUCUUCUUUCCAUUUUUCCAUCAUUCAUGUUUUCUACUUGUCACCUCACAUUUAGGUUUCUUAAAUGAGAACAUAUAAUGCAGAAAUAUCAUACAUGGAUACACAUCAAUCUUAUUAUAGAGCAAAAGGCAGAUUAAAAUUACCAAUAAGAUAUUUCACACAAUGGAAUGGACCAUGAGUACUCCUUCAUAUGAAUAAGAUCAUUCUGGUUUUUGCAUACAAGACUUGGGAUUGUUUCAUACUUAUCAUGUCAGGGCCUUUUAUAGCCGACCAUACCGUAUGGGUUUUUCUCAUUGUUGAAGGCUGUACAGUUGCCUUUAAUUGCUUACAUCCACUUCAUUUGAACUUUGGUGGAUAGUUGUCUCAUUGGCAAUCAUACCACAUCUCCUUAUUUUUUAUAUUGGGUACUUCUUCCCAUGUCAUUACUGACAGUGACUAGAAACAAAGUUGAAGAAGAUGUUACUGAUUUAAUUUAGAAAACAUUAACAUUUUGUUAGUUUUACACAUGAAUUAAAGGAGUUUGAGGGUUUAAGUAUAUGAGACAGCAACCCAAGAUACUGAUUUUCUCUAUUAGGAAUUUAAAGAAAGAAAUUGUACCCACUUAUACCAUAUGGUUUGUUGAAUAUCAUAAAAUCCUAUAAGGGCAAAUCUUAUAGCAUUGUAAUAUGUUGGUAAGGAAAGAUUUCAUAUGAAGUAAGAUCAUUCAGUAAAGGGUAACCUUCAGCAGAGUCAGAGCACUGUAAAAUUGUUUCAUGUUUCUAGUUGACUUCUUGUUGAUGUAUAAUACCAUAAGAAGUAAACCAGAAAUUAACAAAAAUAUUGCACAGUACAACUGACCAUACCAACACUGACUAUGCUGACAGAUAGGCAUACGCACAAAACUAUAACAACAACGAACAACACAUCUUCCAGAUAGCUUGACUUGGUACAGGCACACAAUGUUUGUGUUUGUAUCUGAAAUUGACUAAUUUCAAACCAUGUCAAAACUGACUGAAAUGUUUUCAUGGGAAUCUUGACUAAGAAGGUAUAAUGAAAUACAGAGGUUGUGGAAAGCUGACUGUGAUACAUUUUGUAGAUCAUUUUUGCUCAUGUUAAAUUUGUUGUCCCAUUUCUCUAUGUUGUCAUUUUCAAGAAUUGUAUAGAUUAAAACAAGUUGCUUACUUUUGUUAGUUUCAUGUUGGAAAUGAAUUAUGUGAUACAAUAUUUAUAAAAUAAAUUGUCUGAAUCUUU